UCCUCUCUGUGUCUCUCCCUCUAUGUGUGUGUGUGUGUGUCUCUCUCUCUGGAGGUGUUACUCAUGGCAGUGUGAUGCUGAGUGCCAGUUGUGGUCUUCCGCCUCUCAGAGCCCACCAAGACAGCACUCUGCUCUCGCUCUCUCAAUCUCUCUCUCUCUCUAGCUCUCUCUCUCUCUCUCUGUCUCUCUCUCUCGGUUGUCCUGCGUGCUUGAUUUCUCAUUCAUUAGUUCGUCCUUCUCUUUGAGGCACUAUCUUCUCCUAUUCCUCUCUCUCACUUCGUUUGCCGGAGCCUCACUCUGUUGUAUUUUGUGAUUUCUCUCCUCCACCUCGCUCACUCUGCACCGGAGGCUUCGGCGUGUCUGGGGGACUGAGGGGGCUCUCCUCGGAGGUGUGUGCGCGUGAGAGUGCGUGUGAGAGUGCGUGUGAGAGUGCGCGUGAGCGAUCGCCUUGGAGCCGGGGGUCUCGUCAUGGAGGCGGUGGCGCAGUUCACGUUCCGCGCCACGGAGAACGAUGAACUCAGCUUCACCAAGGGGGACGUGCUGAAGAUCACCAACAUGGAGGAUGACCCCAACUGGUACACAGCAGAGCUGGACAGCAGGAAGGGCUUUGUGCCCAAGAAUUACAUCAACCUCAGGCCCCACGCGUGGUUUGCUGGUCGGGUGUCGCGGGGCGUGGCCGAGGGCCGUCUCCGACCCAGGGAGUGUGGGGCCUUCCUGGUCAGAGAGAGCGAGAGCGCCCCCGGGGAGUUCUCCAUGUCUGUAAGCUACGGGGAUCACGUUCAGCAUUUCAAAGUGCUGCAGGACCGCUGUGGACAGUACUAUGUGUGGGACGAGCUCUUCAGCUCCUUGAAUGAGCUGGUGGUGUUCUACCACACCAACAGCAUCGCAAAGGAGCGAACUGUUCUACUCAGGGACCCGGAACACUUUGCCAGGAGGCCCCACCAUGCACACGCUCUGUUCGACUUCGCCCCGCACCACCCCUCCCAGCUGCACUUCCUGCGCGGCGACCUCGUCGACCUGCUGGACUGCUCCGACCCCCAGCGAUGGAAGGGCCGUUGCCAUGGACGCGUUGGCUACUUCCCCCCGGAGUACGUCCAGCCCGUUUACCACGGCCAGUGACCCGACA